UUGUGGGUAAACAUGGAGUAAUUCAACUGUGUACUUCACAUUGAUUGGAUGUUACUUGCAGUCAAAGUGUCCAAAUCAUCGAGCUGCGGCAGAGUACAGUUUGGUGGUCAUGCAUUUGUGUUAGGGGUUAGUGAUUUUAAAGAGUAUUAGAGUGUAGUUCUUAUUGCACUCUAUUUUUUAUUUAGAUCAGCUUUAAUAUUAAUAUCCCCUCACUCAGGCCGCAUACUUUUGUAAAACAGCAAUCUAAAUGGUGGGGAUAAUAAAGUGUACUAUAUUGAUAGGCAACUGUAUUUUUUAGAAGUUAAUUAUUCAUUAGCACGUGGUGGCUAAAAGCGAUAGGAGUCUGACAGUUCAAGUUUAUCUUGGAAAGUUUAUACCUAAGCUUUGAGAUGGCAUAUAAUAAGAUUCCCCCACGAUGGCUCAACUGCCCACGACGGGGACAACCUGUAGCAGGAGUAUUUUUGCCACUGAAGACCAUGUUAGGACCACAGUAUGAUGACCAAGUGCCAGAUGAGAAUCGAUUUCAUCCUAGUAUGUUGUCUAAUUAUUUAAAAAGUCUAAAGGUAAAAAUGGGUUUGCUGGUGGACUUGACAAACACAACCAGAUUCUAUGACAGAAAUGACAUAGAAAAAGAAGGAAUCCGAUAUGUUAAGCUACAGUGUAAAGGGCAUGGUGAGUGUCCUUCUCCUGAGCACACACGGAUGUUUAUCCGUCUCUGUGAAAAUUUCAUAGACAAAAACCCAUCAGAGCUUAUAGGAGUCCACUGUACACAUGGUUUCAAUCGAACUGGCUUUCUUAUCUGUGCUUAUCUUGUGGAGAGAAUGGAUUGGAGUAUUGAAGCAGCGGUUGCAGUAUAUGCCCAGUCUAGAACUCCUGGUAUUUACAAAAGUGAUUAUUUAAAAGAGUUGUUUCAUCGUUAUGGAGAUGUACAUGAUGCGCCUCCUCCACCAGAGCUACCAGAAUGGUGCCUCGAAGAUGACAAUGUGGAUGAUGAUGGAAACCCAGCUGGCCAAGAUACAGAACCUGGUUCGUCUGGGUCUGCUUCAGGCAAAAGGAAGAAGGAAAAAUUAAAACUGGGUGCAGUUUUUCUGGAAGGCAUGUCAGUUAAAGGCGUUACCCAGCUUACAACACAACCGAAAUUAGGAGAAGUAAGGAGGCUAGUCCAACUUUUCUGCGGAUGGGAAGGGUCCGGAUUUCCUGGAGCACAACCUGUUUCCAUGGAUAAGCAGAAUAUCAAAUUUUUGGAGCAGAAACUAUAUAAAGUCAGCUGGAAAGCAGAUGGAACAAGAUACAUGAUGCUGAUCAAUAAAAAAAAUGAGGUAUAUAUGAUUGAUCGAGAUAACUCUGUUUUUCGUGUGGACAAUCUGGAGUUCCCUUUUCGGAAGGAUCUUCAUGUUCAUCUUACAAACACCUUGCUGGAUGGGGAAAUGAUUAUUGACAAAGUUAAAGGACAAGCAGUUCCUCGAUAUCUAAUAUAUGACAUCAUAAAGUUCAAUAGCCAGCCUGUUGGAGAAUGUGAUUUUACUGUGCGUCUGGCAUGCAUUGAAAAAGAGAUUAUAUUCCCACGGCAUGAAAAAAUGAAAACGGGGCAUAUAGAUAAAAUGCGAGAGCCAUUCAGUGUACGAAAUAAACCAUUUUUUGACAUCCACACUUCGAGAAAGCUUCUUGAAGGAAAUUUUGCUCGGGAAGUGAGUCAUGAAGUGGAUGGACUGAUUUUUCAGCCUAAUGGACCCUACAAGCCGGGAAGAUGUGAUGACAUAUUGAAAUGGAAACCCCCUAGUCACAAUUCUGUAGAUUUUCGCCUUCAGAUCAGUAGAAUUCAAGGAGAGGGACUUCUAACUCAAACUGUUGGACUUCUUUUUGUUGGAAAUUUCAACAGGCCGUUUGCACAAAUGAAGGUAACAAAAGAUCUGAAGCAGUAUGACAACAAAAUAAUCGAAUGCAGAUUUGAAAGUAACACUUGGGUUUUCAUGAGGCAGAGAGUAGAUAAAAGCUUUCCAAACUCUUACGACACAGCUAUGGCUGUGUGUAGCAGCAUAUCUAAUCCUGUUACAAAGGAAUUCUUGUUUGACUUCAUUGACAAAUGUACGGCAAUGUCACAUUCAGAGAAAAGGAAACCUGGCCCAGAGGCAGACACAAUGCUUAUGCCUCCACCACCAUUCAAAAGGCAAAAUCACUCCAUGCCAUAAUUGUAGAGGUCGAACAUGUGACACAUGUGUACUCUGAUUUAUCAAUGCAGUAAAAAUGUACAGGAUAAAACUAUUCCUUAUGACAGUAUGAACAGUAAAAAAAAAUCGACCAUCACUGACUGCUCCGUACAUUCUCGUGGAUAUUUUCAGUUUUCUUCUCCUUGCUUGGUUACUGGAUGGUCCACUAAAAAUCUGCUCAUGUUUCAUUGAAACCUUGCACACUAUGGAAAAUGAACUCUAGAACUUGCCAGCUGUUCCGGAUUACAUCUGGUUCACCUAUUGUCAAUGAGGACAUGGAACAUUUUGUGGUGAAAAUAUUUUCGAAACAGAGCUGUCAUAAAGUUAGGAUUUAUUCAUUCCUUUUAUGAGUCAUCAUGAAUCUUGUUUUACCUCUAGGAAGAUACAUGUGAAGGCCCGCAACAGGUUUUCGUUGUGUUAUUUUGAGUUUUGAAAAUAUUUGAAUGAUAUGUAAAAUUUUAAUUCGUUAUCCUGUUACACAGUUCUUUUUUAAAUAUUAAAAAGGCAUUUAGUUACCUUUA